AUGGCUUCUCCUACCCAUUGCGAGAGCUGGUCCGUAGCCUCUCAUGUGCCCUCCUCUUUCCGCGGACGCGACGACGAGCUCGUUGAGCCCAAAGUGCCAGCUGGCACCGGCCCGGGUAUACCGGCCCGAAACCACGACGAUGCCGUUCACAGCGGCGCGCGCUCCCUCAAGUACGCUCAGGCGCAGUCCGAGCCACUCCUUCGCGCGGAAUUGCGCCGGUUCUGGGUGUACCACGCGCAAGAGCAGCCUGCCCAACGUCAGUAUGAACUGGCAAAAGAAGCUGUGCAGAUUGCACGAUCAUCACGCAAAGCGCGAGGGUUAAGCCGAGACCCCAAUGACGGCGAAUUCGUUGAGGCCGUGCUACGACGAUUAGACAUGCUGAUUGACUUUGAGUGCGAUCGCAGUGAGCAAAUUCAUGCCACAGAGCAUGAUAUUAAGUCCCUAAACAGUCAGCUGAAUAGCUCAGCUGUUAGUCGAGUCCCACCUUUGCCAGUGGGUAUCACUUCCCCUGACCCCAUCCUGAAGAGGGACUACGAGAGAGAUUUAGUUUCUCUUGGCCCGCAGCCUGAGCUAAGCCAAACCUCUAUUUUGGUGACACCCAUGAUGAGGCCUCCGAGUCAGUCUGCAUUUGCAGCCGCAUUAGUGCCCACUCAGGCGCCUACCACCCCGGCACAGGAUCAGUCAUCCUUAUGUGUACGCACAGAGAUUCUCGUGCCUGAUUUGACCCCUCCAGUUGGAAUUGCAUCUGGCCUAUCGUUAGCAGAGACGUCGGCUGAGUCUCGAGUGCCCUUGUCCAUGCAGCCAGUUGUGACGCUCUCCGAGUCUUUUGUGCAGGCUGUGCAGGCGGUUAUCCCUGCGCCAAGUCCUUCGUUCUCAGACUUGACACGCAAUCCAAUUUAUGGACCCAUUUUACUUGGGUCAACUGUUGAACCUCGGAGUUGUGUCUCCCAGGAUCAUCGAGAGACGUUCUACAACUUGUUCCCUGGAAACAGGUGUUCACGAGUUGCGGAACCUCUGGGAGUGGAUGUGAGCAAGCAGGCUGAGCCACCACCUCAUAACGAAUAUGAUGAGUUGGAUCGUCACUCUAUGUGGGAUGUGGAAUACCUUCGAGACACAGCAAUUUUGCUAUGUCAGCGCAUAUCCUCAAUAUAUCUUUUCAUUCGAAUAUUCAUCUUAGUUGCUCGCUGUUAA